AACCAGGAUGCUGCCUUUUCACUGAAGUCACCUUAACCCUUAAUCCUUUUGUUAAAUUCCUUUCUUCAUGUGCUUCACUUAAUGGUUGUUAAGUCUGUGCCCUUGUCACCAAAAGCGCAUUUAUGACGGGUUUCUCGACAGACAGAUCAGACAACCAGUUUAAGCCUGUGGAUUCCCUCAUCCGCGAGGAACGGCGUGGUCCUCAAUAGCUGGGGCAGGCGGGGGUUAGGGCUGCUGCGAGGCGAGGGCGAAGAGAGCCGCCAAAUAUCCGCCCCGCAGCCCAGGGAUGCGUGAUGAUCUACCUGAAGGACCAGCGUCUCGCCCGGUCCAUUGUUGUUUGAGGCCCGGCUUCCCUGCGCACACCAACAGCCGCCUGGACGCGUUCCUGCGGAGGCGGCUGCCGCCGGAGGUCUACGACGCCGUCCGCGCCUACGAGCCGUGCGUCGUGGUGUCCGAGUCGGAGAAGCACACCUUGAAGUACGUGGUCCUCAGCGAUCGGCUCAUCUACCUGACCGAGAACCCGCCCAAGUCCAUCCGGCGAGCCGUGGCCCUGCGGGACGUCGUGGCCAUUGACCUGAUUGAUGAUUACCCACAAUUUCUGAGUCCACCAGAUAGAGAAACCAACCAACAUAUUCGUAUCACCUAUUCUUCAACUGUUUUAAAAAAAGAGUGUGAAAAAUCAAAAGGUGUCAAGAAAUUCUCAUUUCCAUUUCAUCAUGCCAAUUCUAACAAAAAAAAAGUUAAAGAAGAGACUGAUGACCCUGUCUUUUGGAGGGGCAAAGGGCCCCGAAGUUUGAAUGAAUCCUCUCUCAGGUACCACCAGGAGAGAUGCACACCAUCCACAGACUCAACCUUCUGUCCUUCAGACCUCAAGGAGCUGUCUCUUCAUGGCCAAAGUGCCUUGCGACCCUUACCCACCCCCUCCAGGUGGAGCUAUCAGUCCACAUCAGCUACGGGAAAGGCUGUCACCCUGCCAUCUCGCACAAACAACACAAAAGAACCCAAGGGACUUUCAGAUCACAAAGGUUCUCUGAGUGAAAUCCCUUUCAAGUGCAAUGGGAACGGAAAUGAGUUUUACUCAGGAAAUUCCUCCCUGGCCUCCCCUUUACAGAGCAACCCAAACCUAGAGAGAAAGGCGUCGGAACUUCAUUUGUACAUUAUUUCCACAACCUCAUCGAUAUUUCUGCACUUAAAAAGUUCAUGGACCAAUUACAUUAUAAAAGCUACUCUUUUACAAGAUCCCUUAUAUGUUAGUGAGCCCAGUCCUACCGGAAGUCAGAAGCCAUACAGAUCUGAGGAGAAAAUUAAACACUUCAGUCAACUUAAAUCUGAACUUUUCCUUAAAGACAAUACUUUGAGGAAGAUACUUUGUUUAAUUAUGGAACUUAAAGUAGCAGCCCAGAAAAACUUCAUUCUGAAAAGGCUUUUCUGGAAAACCAGUGACCUUUUCUAUUUCCUAGUGAACAAACUUCAUGAGUACUUGCCACAGUCUAGGGAUAAGAGCACACUUCAAAAUAAAAGCCAAAGGGCUGAUGAGCUGGUGGCAUGCAUUGAAAUUAUACAGACUCUGGGACUGAUGUUCAGAGAAACAGAAACGGAGUCAUCACGCCUGAAUACACUGGCAGCAAAGAAGGGAGCAUUAUUUAACCUUUUGGUAAUUUUAAUUAGUGAACCUCAGAUUCCAAAAUCUUGUCCUGUGUUUGAUACCCAGUUGGUGGCUGAUUCAACUUUAGUUGAGAUGUCUUUUGAUGCUGAGUUACAGAACCUUAUCAAGGAAUAUAUAGAUGCAGCUACGGCACUUUUAUAUGAGAUACUUCUUGUCUUUCAGCAGGGAAAUCUUGGAUUGGGACCAGCAGAGUUUGCUAUUGGCUGGAUGAUGCCCUUCCUACAAAGUUGUCCUCCCUUUAUCACUUUCGUGGCCAGUAUUGUGAAACAAGUGGUAAAGGGACUUGCAGCUUCAUUUGGGCUGCUAAGUCCCAGCCAAGCCGUUCUGCUGUAUCAGCAGUUUUCCAUCCUCAAGAGCUGCCUGCAGUACAGCCAGACUUUAGCAGAGUAUAUUAGGAAUGACUACAGAGAAGAAUUCAGGUACUUUAUUCACAUGCCAGCCUUGGAAAAAAGGCUCCCAUCGUGGUAUCCUAUUACCCAACCUACCACUCAGCUUUUUCAUGAAGUUCUGAAAUUGGUCGAACAGAAACAAUGUGUGAAACGUUAAUAAGAAUCUAAAAUGUUAAUCAGGAGUCAACCUAAUAUUUAUGAGAAAACUUUUUUGACUUAUUUAAUAUCUGGCUCCCUUAUAAACAGAUUUUAUUGAAAUGUUCCAUCAAUAGCUAUAAGAGAAGUCUUUAAAUUGUUGUUUAUCUGCCCCCAAGAAGCAACUUUAAAUACAAGGACAUACAUAAAGUGGUGCUAAAAAUGAGCUUUUCCAAAAAAAAGUUUCUAAAAAUAGAAAACUAUAAAGGAAACAGAAGCCCAAGGAGAGCCAAUGUAGAAAGUGCAACCGGAUGAGUUUUGUUGGUAUAAUAAUGAUGAGUGGUAUGAAGCCACUGAAAUACCCAGCGAUAAACAGUGUAGAGUGGAAAUUACAAAGUGAUUGUGCGAGAAAUGCUGAGCAAGUGUCCACCCCUGCUUCUCCACCUGUAAGAGUUCUAGUAAAGUAAGUAUUCGCUGGAGAAAGAGCAGAAGAACACAGGCAUAGCUCUAAGAAAAGUCAGUUCCUCAUUUAUCACGAGGGAGGAAGCUUGGGCUUUCGUCGAUACAAUUAAAUGCAUUCUGGUGCUCGGUUUCAGGCCCCCGUGGGCUAGUGUGAGCGGUCUAUUCAUAUUCUCUGUGAAAGAGAAAUUGUCUAUAAGCAGUAUGGCUCUCCCAACCAUCUAAAAAAUGUCUUCACUGUAUCUUAUGAUAAUAAACAAAUCCAACAAAAAUUUAACCUUGAUAUCACUGUGAGCUAUUGAAUUUGGGCUUCUAAGAACUUAGGAAGUGGGUCCUCUAUUUGACUUAUCAUGCCGUGAAAGAGGAUCUGGGAAAAACCCAAAGAAAGAGCUCCCAAGCCAGAUUUGUCUGUGCUGUGAAUUGGAGAGAGAAUUAAACUCACUCAAGACAUCUUAUUACUGGUUGUGGCUAAGGUAUUAACCAGCUAUUUGACCUCAAACAAAUCAGGUCUCCUUUCUGGGCCUCCUCUGCUAUGUGGAAGGGUGAGAUUAGAUGUUCUCCAAGCUCUUGUGCCUCUAACAUUCUCUGCCUGUGACAACACACUUCUUAAGACUCUGUGAUGGGGUAGUGCAUUUCUCUGCCAUCCUGGCUCAAUGGAUGGUUUCACAUUGAUUCCAAAUAAUCCUGCGUUCUUUGGACCAAACAUUUCUC